ACUGGAUGCUAUUACUUUAUCAUUUUGUAAGAUACCCUUCGAGAUUACACAAGUGGGUUUAUCUCUCAAAGCCAGAACAAGGGUUGCAUUCAAGAAUCAAUGAAUAUUUGGCUACAACUCCACCCUGUCGCUGUUGGACUAUUGCACUCUGGGGAAGGCUUUAUUUAUUUAUGCACUGGUACAAACAAAUUGUACCUUCCAAGUCUUCCAUAAAAUACACCCCCCUUCUCUCCCUUCUCCAUCUCAUCUCAAUCCAAGUCUCUAAACACACAUUACAACAAUUCACAAUGGCUUCAUCUCCAAAUGGUUUGGCACACCUCUCCCUUGAUGAUGGGGAUGAAGCAGCUAGAGAGCACAUACUGACAGUGGACAUUGGAGAAGCCGAUGGGGACGUGAAAUUCCGGAUACGAAAUCUGACAAAGAAAUCAGAGACCACUGGAUGCGCCAUACUCAAUGGGUUGAGCUUGGACAUACCAAAAGGCGUGAUCGUUGGGGUCAUCGGCCCCAGUGGCAGCGGCAAAUCGACGCUGCUCAGAGCUCUCAACCGCCUCUGGGAGCCUCCAUCUGGAACUGUCUUCUUGGACGGCCAUGAUCUUCGGGAGCUGGAUGUUCUCAGCCUCCGGCGCAAGGUCGGCAUGCUCUUCCAGCUUCCUGCUCUUUUUGAAGGCACAGUUGCAGACAAUAUACGUUAUGGUCCUCGAUUGAGGGGGAAGAAGCUGAGUGACCAGGACGUCCACAAGUUGCUGACCCUUGUAGACCUUGAUUCAUCUUUUUUCAGCAAGACUGGUUCUGAAAUGUCUGUAGGUCAAGCCCAAAGAGUUGCACUUGCUAGGACCCUAGCCAAUUCACCUGAGGUUUUGCUGCUGGACGAGCCUACCAGUGCCUUGGAUCCAAUAUCAACAGAGCACAUAGAAGGUGCUUUGGAGAAGCUGAAGAAGAAACAAGGCAUGACAAUUAUAAUGGUCUCACACAGCAUCAAACAAAUCCAGAGGAUUGCUGAUAUAGUGUGCCUCCUUGUGGAUGGGGAGAUUGUUGAAGUUUUAAAACCAGAUCAACUCUCACAAGCCCAGCAUCCUAUGGCACUAAGGUUUCUUGAACUCAGCUCUUAAGUAUAUGUCCCAAUGUUGUGUGCACAAUAUUUAUAUAACAUUUGCUUGAAACUUCUGGAAAGUACAAAACUUUCCUAGUAACUCUGGUACUUGUAUUAGUUACUUUGAUCAUAUUUUUCUGAGGGAUCUAAGAACUACUCUAAAAAUUUGUAUCACACUCAAAUUUUUGCUUUAAGCUCCCCUCAUAUAUAUAUAUAUAUAUAUAUAUAUACACAUAUACCACAUAUAUAUACAUA